GGGUUGACUCGCCGCCGGCCGUUUUAGGGAUCGUUCAAGAAAUUUUCUUUCUGUUUUUUCUUCGGAAAUGGUGAAAUUUCCUCCUUGUUUUUAUUUUUGAUUUGCUCGAAUCAUCGUCUUUCAAAAAUUUCUCUUUUUUUCUUGGAAAAUGGUAAAAUUUCCUCCUUGUUUUCAUUUUUGAUUCGCUCGAAUCAUCGUCUUUCAAUAAUUUCUCUCUUUUUUCUUCGAAAUGGUAAUUCCUCCUCCUUGUUUUCAUUUUCUAUUUCCUCGAAUCAUCGUCUUUCAAGAAUUCUGAUAAAAUUUCCUCCUUGUUUUCAUUUUCGAUUUCUUCGAAUCAUCGUCUUUUUUCUUCGAAAAUGAUAAAAAAAAAUUAAAAAAAAAUCCUUGUUUUCAUUUUCGAUUUCCUCGAGUCAUCUUCUUUCAAGAAUUCCUCUCUGUUUUCCUUCGAAAAUGGUAAAAUUUCUUCCUUGUUUUCAUUUCGAUUUCCUCGAAUCAUCUUCUUUCAAGAAUUCCUCUCUUUUUUCUUCGAAAAUGGUAAUGUUUCCUCCUUGUUUUCAUUUCCGAUUUCUUCGAAUCAUCGUCUUUUUUCUUCGAGAAUGGUUCUUCCCAAUCUUCUCGACCUCGACGCCGUCGACAGCCACUCCGAAUUCGACGCCACCAUCCGUUCUUUCUUCUCCGACGGCUACUACUGUCGCCUUCCCAGACUCGUCGAUCCUGUCGCGGGAUAAAAUCGGGCCCGCUCUUCCCUCUACCGACGGCGCCGCCGAGUUCCUUCCGGUACUUCCUGCACCGGAAACGUCGCCGGAUUACCGCAGCCGCUACCGCCGUCGUUCGACGUACAGAGUAAGGCCGGCGAUUGCUUGUCGGCGCAGGUCGGAUUGCUGGGUCUCACGAGAUGGAGCAAAAGCUUCAGGUUGUAAACAUUCAGAAGUAAAAGCCCGCCAGAAAUGGAAUGAUCCUGAGUAGAGGAGAGUAGUGGAAUGAUAAUGAGUAUAGGAGAGAGCUGUCCCAAUGUAAUUAUAAUGUGCCACUCUUUUCUUCAUCAGAGUCUCAUGGUUCCUCCAGGUGGCCGGAGGCGUUCAAAUGUGAAAUUCACUAUGGAAGUGGAAUGCUACGAGUUGAA